AUGGAAUCUCUUCUUCUCGAGAAGAUUGGAUUACUCUCCAACAACAUCUCAAGAGAUGAUCUGAAACCAGGAGAUCACAUCUAUUCAUGGCGCAACGCUUAUAUCUACGCCCAUCACGGAAUUUAUAUAGGAGAUGGGAAAGUCAUCCAUUUCACUCGUGGUGGUGGUCUGGAAAUUGGGACAGGGACUUUUCUGGACAAGAUCAUCGUUAGUUCUGUUCCGAAUCACGGAGGUGACAACAACAACCCUUGUCCUAAUUGUGGAGAGCAAUCAAAUCUCGGCGGUAUAGUCUCUUCUUGCCUUGAUUGUUUUCUCGCCGAUGGAGAUCUCUACCUCUUCGACUACGGUGUCUCUCCGGCAAUCUUCAUGACGAAACUCCGUGGCGGUGUCUGCACAACAGCGGCCUCAGAUCCUGCAGAGCAAGUCAUCUCCCGCGCGAAAUCCCUAUUGACGAGAAACGGGUUCGGUGAUUACCAUGUGUUCGAGAACAACUGUGAAGAUUUCGCGAUAUAUUGUAAGACGAGUUUGGUGGUCGGCAAAAGCUAUGUGUUGGGAAGGAGCGGUCAAGCGAACUCGGUGAGUGCGGCUGCGUGUGUUGCACGCAUGCUUAGUCCUUGGGCCAGCAACGCUAUUCGUCUGUUUUCCGACAUUGGUAUGAGAAAUGAUGCUGUUAAAGUGUCCGUCGAGAGCCUCGUGCCAAGGCAAAGCUGA